AUGAAACGGCCGGCCGGGUCGUUACAUGUAAAAAAAUUCGGGGCAGAUAAUGCUUUUGAACUAGGUGGGAGUUCUAAAGCAAAGGCAUUCUUUUCUGAAAAUGGGAUUCUUCAUCAUACCACUGUUCCUCAGACUCCACAACAGAAUGGUGUGCCUUUUUCUGUUGCUUCUUUUGAAGACAGUAUUCCCUCCUCAUCUUCUCUUUCUUCUCCUCCUCAAGCCCUUCCUUCAGCACCUUCUUCUCCUCAAGUCCUUCCUUUAAUACCUCCUUCUUCUUCUCCUCUUCCUUCUUCUGUCCCUAAUUCUCCUACACCACCUCCUUUGCCACAAUCUCUUCCUCUUCGAAAAUCCACUAGGAUAUGCCACACUCCUUCUUACCUCAAAGAUUAUGUUUGUUCUUCAGCUGUUACCAAACCUGAUUAUGCAGUUGUUACCAAACCUAUUCCUACCAUCUCUAAGGUUUCUCCUGAUGAGUUGCACAUGCAAGAACCUCUUUAUUACCAACAGGCCGCAUCUCAUCCUGCUUGGCAAGAGGCUAUGCUGCAAGAAUUUAAGGCUCUAGAUGCAAACCAUACCUGGGACAUUUUUCCUCUUUCUCCUAACAAGAAGCCUAUCCCAUGUAAGUGGGUUUAUAAAAUCAAACAAAAGCCUGAUGGUUCUAUUGAAAGUUAUAAAGCCAGGUUGGUCAUUAGGGGUGACACUCAAAAGGAGGGUAUUGAUUACAAUGAGACCUUCUCUCCUGUUGUCAAUUUCACCACCAUUAAGUGCCUCUUUUGUCUUGCUGCCAAGAGGAACUGGACUGUGUAUCAACUAGAUGUGAAUAAUGCAUUCCUUCAUGGUGAUCUCCAUGAAGAAGUUUACAUGAAACCUACACCUGGUCUUCAGAUUUCUGCCCCAUGGCUUCAGGGCUACAUUUCUAGCAAGAAUGAUUACUCACUCUUCACCAAGUCAUCUUCUUCUUCUCUUACUGUCAUUGUUGUUUAUGAUGAUGAUAUAUUACUUGCUGGGGAUGAUGUGAAUGAGCUUGACACAUUGAAGUCCUUCCUGGACUGCCAGUUCAAGAUCAAGGACCUAGGAUUUAUCCAUUAUUUUUUAGUUCUUGAAGUUCCGAAGACUCCUCAAGGGUAUUUGCACACUCGGCCUAAUAUUGCCUUUGUUGUACAGCAUUUGAGUCAAUUUCUUCAGACUCCUCAGGCUGCUUGUACCCAAUCUCGCAAGUCUGUAACAAGUUUCUUCAUUACUUUUGGUGGCCGCCCCAUUUCUUAG